AUGUCUCCAUCGACGUCCAUCCGCUCGGCGCUGGCUUACGCCGGCAACCUGCUGUCGCAGUUCCCCCUCCUCCAAGACGUUUCAAACCCCUUCUCGAACCUCAUCGAUCCAAUACUCGGGAGUGUCAGCGAAGUGGUACCAACACCGAGUGACAGCUACAAUGGCGAGGUCACACACUACGAGCCCCUCAGUGGUGCGCCUUCCUGCCCCAUCAACGGGCCUACGAGCUGCCACAACAACACGCCAGUCGCGGGCGACGACUCGUGCUGUUUUGUAUACCCUGGCGGGCGAAUGCUCCUCACGCAGUUCUGGGAUCGCGAGGUACACGUUGGAGGAGCAGAGGAAGACUGGACCCUGCACGGGUUAUGGCCCGACCUCUGCGACGGCUCCUACGACGCAUACUGCAACAUGGCGCCACACUUCACCAACAUCACGGACGUGCUAGCACACUACGGGCAGACGGAGCUGCGGGCCUUCAUGGACCGGUACUGGGUAGCGAACCGGGGCAGCAACGCGCACCUCUGGACGCAUGAGUAUAACAAGCACGCGACGUGCAUCAACACGCUGAACCCGCAAUGCUACGGUGAUAACUACGACGCAGGCCAGGAGGUCGUCGACUACUUCACGCGUGCGACUGGGCUCUUCCGCAUGCUCGAUACGUACACGGCGCUGUCGCUCGCCGGCAUCGAGCCCAGCGCCCGCACACACUACCCGCUCGAGGACGUGCGCCGCAUCCUCGAGCAGUUCAGCGGCGGCAAGGUCGUCCUGCGGUGCGGAGGCCGCCGCCGCGAUGAGCUGCAUGAGGCGUGGUAUGUGUACUUUGUGCAGGGCAGCCUGCAGACGGGCCAAUUUGUGCCUGCGCAGGAUUAUGGGAAGCACGGGGAUGCUAAUAAUUGUGUGCCUUGGGUCAAGUACCUGCCCAAGAUACACAGGAAGUGA